CUCAUCUCACACCCAGAGAACAUAAAGAACAUACUAUUAUUCUAUGCAUUCUGUCACAAGCCAAACCACAUGUAAUGUUGAAGUCCUUGUGGAAAUGUGGACAUGAAUAGAAAAGCUUGACAAGCCCCUUAAAGACAGGCCUGAUGCAGGACAAGACCUAUCAGUCUGUGAUGUACGGAGAUGAUGCUACACAGAUUUCUGACAAAAUAUUUGAGUGGGCUCUACAAGGUGACACGGCAGAGUUGGAAAAGCACUCAGCCCACCUGGGUGUCCGUGACCAUGCCAAUGCCAGCCCUCUGCACUAUGCCACCUCACACGGGCACAUUAGCACCAUACAGCUUAUUGUGCAGUUGACUGGUCCAGAUGAACUGAGUGCCAGUGAUGAGGAGGGCAACACGUCAUUACACUGGGCUGUGCAGAGGACCCAGAGAGAGAGCUGUGCUUGCCUUCUGGACCUGGGAGCCAACCCGAACAUCCUCAACCGCCGCCUCAUGUCUCCCCUACACAUGGCUGUCAGCCUCGGACACAACACUCUCAUCGAGCUAUUGCUGUCUCACAGCAACACGGAUGCCAACCUGGAGGGAGACCUGGGGAACACACCUGUAAUGUUGGCCUGCUGUGUUGAUAACCAUGAAGCUCUCCAUCUACUUUUUAAAUAUGGAGCCAGACUAUGUCAACAGAACAAGCUGGGGCAUUAUCCCAUUCACGCAGCAGCCUUUGCAGGGGCCAAGAAAUCAAUGCAGAUGGUUCUUCAGAAAGGUGAGGAAGUAGGUUACUCAAUUGAAUCGCACAUCAACUAUGUGGACAAAUCAUUCAGUACUCCUCUUCAUCUGGCCGUCCGUGGAGGCAACCUGGAGGUGAUCAAACUCUGCAUAGAACAGGGAGCUAAAAUGGACCAACAACAGUGUGACAAAUCCACAGCCCUCCACUUUGCCUGCACCCAGGGAGCAACCGAGGCCGUCAAACUCAUGCUAUCAGCACAUGAUAGAGUCUGUGAUGUCAUCAAUCUCACAGAUGGCACUUGCCAAACUCCACUGCAUAAGACAACAAUAUUUGACCAUGUUGAAUUGGCUGAAUACCUAAUUUCAAAGGGUGGAGACAUUAAUGCCAUUGACUGUAAGGGUCAUACCCCACUGCUUUUGGCAACAAGUUGUAGCGCAUGGAAAACAGUGAACCUUCUUCUUACACAUGGGGCUAAUUUGAAAUUAAAAGACAAACAUGGCUGCAAUUUCCUUCACCUUGCCAUCUUGCAGCCUAAAGGUCUGACAAACCUUCCUCCAGAAUUCUUAAAGUGCAGCAGUGUGAGAGAGCUCCUGGAUGCAGAGGACAAUGAGGGCUGUACUCCCAUGCACUAUGCCUGCAGACUGGGCAUUCCAGAGUCAGUGAAGAACAUGCUCAGACUGAACGUCUCACUGGACCAGAAGUCAAAGCAGAAGAAAUCUGCACUGCAUUUCGCAGCCGAGUAUGGGAGGAUAAACACCUGCCACAGACUCCUGGAGAGCAUGACCAACACCAGACUGCUGAAUGAGGGAGAUGAGAGGGGAAUGACUCCCCUCCACCUGGCGUCCCGUGGCGGCCAUGUUAUAGUGGUGGACCUGCUGCUGCGGAAAGGAGCGCUGUUCCACAGUGAUUAUAAAGGUUGGACAUGUCUACAUCACGCUGCAGCAGAGGGAUACAGCCAGACCAUUAUCAUACUCCUGGCAUCAAAUAUCAAACUGCUGGACAAAACAGAUGAAGACAGGAACACAGCGUUACAUCUGGCUGCCAGAGAGGGCCAUGUGGCUGCAGUGACACUGCUCCUGGACAGAGGGGCCCAGCUAACGCUCAACAAGAGUGAUGCCUCCUUCCUCCACGAAGCUGUUCUCAACGGCAGGAAAGAUGCAGCCAUCGCUGUCAUCCACAAUGAGAGAUGUGCCGAGGCUAUGCUAUUGUUCGAAGUGAAGUCAACUAAGCGAUGCGUUGUCAUGGACAUGAUAGAGUUCCUGCCAGAGUCAUUCAAGCAUCUUUUGGACACUUGUGUAAAGGAGUCAGAUGAUGACAUAAAUAGUACCAACUACUCUAUCGAGUACACUUUCAGAUGGCUACAAGCUCCCAUGCAUGUCAUUAAGCUUGCAAAAGCAGACAAAAGCUUUGACUUCCAGCCUCUCACUGCUCUGAACUACAUGGUGAAAUUUAACCGCAUAGAGCUUUUGACCCAUCCUGUCUGCAAGAAGUAUCUGGAAAUGAAAUGGAAUGCCUAUGGUAUGAAAGUGCACCUGCUAAAUCUGGCCAUCUACUCACUUGGUCUGGGGCCUCUGACACACAUCAUUCAUACACUGAAGCCUGUCCUCAACACCAAUGUCACCAAUACCACGUUACCGUCACCAUCACCAUCAGUCAGCAUGGUGACCACAUCCCUUGACGAGCAAUGCUACAUAAUCACCACAUGCAUGUUCCUGAUUCUUGCCAUGAGUCUGUACGCAGUUGGCAAAGAGCUUGUGCAGAUAGUUCAGCAGGGUUCAAAGUACUUCUAUGAUGUGACCAAUGCAUUGGACUGGGGUGCUGCCAUCAGUUCUCUGUUGUUUGUGAUCCCUUUACUGAUGGACCUGAAGGACACAUGGCAUUGGGAGGCUGGGGUAGUGGCAGUUCUUCUAUCCUGGAUAAACUUUCUGCUCUAUUUCCAACGGUUUGAACGUGUUGGGAUCUACGUGGUGAUGUUUUUAGAGAUUGCAAAAACUCUUAUAAGCAUCAUUGUACUCUUCUUCUUCCUGCUGCUGGCAUUUGCCUUGGCGUUCUAUGCCCUGAUGCUAGAUCAUAAACUUUUUGAAAAUAGAGCUAGCAUACCGCUAGUAAUCAUGCAAACAUUUGUCAUGAUGGCUGGAGAACUCAACUACCAAGAAAAUGUCCUGAAGCCAUUUCUGGGAGGGAUUCUGCCGUUCCCAUAUUUGACCUACUGCAUUUUUGUUAUGUUCACCUUUGCUGUGCCCAUUCUCCUCAUUAACCUAAUGAUUGGUUUGGCUGUUGGUGACAUAGCAGAGGUACAGGCGAAUGCUGAGCUGAAGCAAAUUGGAAUGCAGAUUGAGCUUCACACUAGUCUGGAAGAGAAAAUGCCAUACUGGUUAAUGAAGAGGGUUGAUCAGAUCUCACUCACUGAGUACCCUAACAGAGCUUGUGACGGAAAGAGAGAAAUGUUAUUUGCAAUGCUGGGUAUGGCGCAUGAGAGAACCACUCUCAACCUCACCUCCCAUCCACCUACACCUAUGGAACAGGAAAUCAGAAAACAGAAGUACAGGUUAAAGGAAAUGUCUAAUAUUAUUGAGAAGCAGCACAACCUUCUGAAGCUGAUCGUUCAGAAGAUGGAGAUCAGUUCAGAGGCAGAAGAGCACGACGGUCCUCAGCUGUUCCAGGGCUACAGGGACAAGCCCCUCCCCUGUCAGAGCAAAUGGAACCCUCUGCUGAGGGCACUGGCAGCCAGGAAGUAACAGCAACAUAUAUUAUCAUGGGCUGUUUCCU